GCACAGGCCCCUGCAUGGGCCUCAGCCUCAUGCCAAUGGGCUGCAGCAGCCCAGGCCAUGUAUCAUUUUAUUUUAAUACAUUGGGGCAGGGUCCAUGGCGCCUUUAGGGUCUGGAGAUUCGCACAGAAAUCACGCACAGGGGGCCCACAGGGGGAUGGCAGCCACUGGCAGCCGCUCAUAUCCAUGCAAAAGUCCGCUUGUUGAACAAUAAGUUCACGCGCACGUCGUCAACUUUUCUUGUUCCUGGUGACCUGUCCUUUUUUAGUGCACCACAUUUGCCGGAACAAGCUUCGUCUCCUGGUGUCUGAUGGAAGGAGCUAAUGCGUCAGCACAGCCUGCUGUUGUUACACAGACAGUCACUGCAGAACCGUCCGGCGCUGCGGGACACCAUCAAGAGGAACGUGUGACUCUGCGGCUAGCACCGAGAAGGAAGAAGAAGGUGUCAUGGAAAGGGGACACCAUCGACAAUGAGCACCUCAACAAGAAAAGCUCAAAAAAAUGCUGCAUCUUUCAGAAGCAAAAGGCCUUUGAUGAAAGCAGUAGUGACGACAACUCAGAUCAUGAGUGUGAACACCAUCAACACAAACCUCCCGACAGAGAUAAAGAACCUGUGCGUGAGUCUGAAGCAACAUCGUAAGGAGCUCAUCAUUGUUCUGCGGAAACGAAAAGCGAGGUCCUCGGUCAUAGUCAAGCGGAUCGCCAAUUUCAAUUAUUCGUGAUGAUCAAUAAUCGAGAUCACCUUCAACAGUUGUCAAUGCUCGUUGCGGUGGUGUUCGAUAUGCACAGUCAAUUUUUUUAACAUCUAAGGAUGGAAAUUCAGUCAUCAAAGCCUGCGGUCCGGUCAUCGGGCAGCUUUUGCUAUUGUUGAUGAGCGAGGCGCCAUCAUUAGUGCUAGUUUAGUGUGAAGCGGGACUUCGAGUGAAUGAUAGAGUGGAGAGAACCUCUCACGAUUACGAACUGAUACCACCAGAUGGCCAAAGGCUACUUGGAAAGUCAUGGAGCCCAGGAAUUUCAGUGGGUGUAUAAAAAAACGAGCCAGCCGCUCACAAACACCGUCCGGAUGGUGAUGCAAAUUGUCAGCUUAGUAUAGGUAUUAGCUCGAUUGCACGGUUGCCCAACAAGAUCUCAUGCCGCAAGGGCGCGGCCGCACGUUGACAUGUCACUCUGUAAUCAU